AUGUCGAAAGUGCCACCCAAUGUGAAAGGCAAAGUGGAUGAGAUCCUUGCCAGUGAAAGUCCUGUACUUGUCAAAGUUCAAAGCCUUGUGGACCACUUGACUGAAUGUGGCUUGGCUUAUAAAAUGAUGGUCAAGCCAAGUGAAGUUUUGACCCACCCUGACAACAGGGCAGGACAAAUGCUUUCAGCAUUAGACUGCUGGAACAAAGGAAUGAAGAUGUGGAGUGUUGGAGUGAGAAAAGAACUCCUCACCAGCUCAGUGGCUUUUGAAUUGGCCAUCAAUACUGAGACCAGGGAAAAGCAGCUGCAGUCCAAUCAGAGACUGAUUGAAAGUAGUAAUGGACUGCUAGCAACCAUUAGUGGCCAAGAAAGGUUUCUCAGUGUUUCCAGCAGCCACAUGGCUGCAUGGCUGAAAGCUGUGGGCUCUGGGUGUGCAGGGCCAAAUGACAUGGGGCCACUGCAGCUGAGACAAGGUGACAGCAACAGUGAUGUUGUGUCAGCACUGCUGCAGGAUGGCUGGAUGUGGGUUGUAAUGAGCAGUGCAGUGGAAGAAGAAUGGCCUAAGUUGCCAGGUUUCUUGCAAAUGGCCCUGAACAGCACCAAUUCUUUGAACAAGCAGUUGUCAGAAAUUGAAUGUGCUGGUCAGCUUGCCCAGGGUGUAUUGCAUGGUCAAGCUCUGAAUGUGGCCUUGGAAGAGUUAAAAGCAUGUGCACCUUCCUGCAAGAGUUCCCUGGAAGCCAUUGCAACCUAUGUCUCCAGAUUUGGUGGUGGUCAGAAAAUGGAAUUGGUGCUAUUUCUCCUCAAGUUCAGCAAAGCUUUUGCUACUGUCAUGAUUGGGGAAGAAAUGAUGAAAGCCAUCACCUACUUUGACUUGAAGGGUGAGCAGCAAGUGGAUGGAGUGGCAAAACUGCUGAGUAAAUCAGACAUUGAGAGGCUGAAGGCGCCAGCAGUGAAACCAAAAGUGUUGGAGGGAGAGACACUUUUGCAAGAUGCUUGGGCAUUGCUUCAAAGUUCUUUGAAACCAGAGACCUUCAAAAUGGCAUGCUUUGGGCGAUUGGCAACCAGAGUGUGCUUGCAUGUGAUGCAGAAAGAGAAGCUUGGGAGAGAAGCUGAAGGCCACCCUGACCUUGCAAGCAUUUCCCAGCUAUUCACUGAUGAAUUGAGUGGCACUGCUGUGUCAAAUGAACAGCACAAAGCUGAUAGCAGUGAAUCUCUGGAAGUCUGUGAUACUUUGCACAUGUCCAAAAAGAAAAUGGCUUUGCUGCAGAAUGUGACUGAGGUCCACUGCCUCUUCAUCCACCAGCCAUUGUUCCAAGCGCCUCUGGAAGUCAAGGUGGACUUCUUGAAUUUGAAAGAUUGGAGGCCAACCAAAGCACCAAUGUCAUUGGCAUGCCCCCUGCCCAAAGCAGAAGCCCACAUGGUUCAGAAGCAUGGUGCUGUUGAAUUGGAGCUUCAGAAGAGCCAUGUGCAGAAGUGCUUGCUGCAGGCUUGCCAGGACAAUGACCCUACUUGCAAUGAUGUGGUCUUUUCCUGCAGCCCACAACAUGUGUGGGCCUCAAAGAAGAUUUCCAAGAAGGGUGGGCUCAAGCUAUACCCUUGUGGCAUUGUGUCCUUGCUCAAAGGCACACCUGCUUCUGAAAAGCACUACAUCAAGGCCUUUGGAAAGAUGUGGCUGAUUUCAGCUAUGAAAGCUUUGGUCAAUUUUGAAAAGGAUGAAGGUGUGUUGAGCCCAUUUUGGUGGGUCAAGUGUGCAGGGGACCAUGAGGACCACAACAUGGCCUUUGGUAAAGUGACAGUUGAAGGCUGCAAAAUCCCUGUUUUGCAGAACAUUGGACCUAUCCAGGCACAUGAGUGCUUGCUCAUUGAGAACCCAAAGGACAUUGCCAAGAAGAAGAGGAAGGCUGACAAGCCUGACACAGCCAAAUAA